AUGGGAGAGAAGGAGAAGAAAAAAAACGCUGAGGCAGAGGGAUUUGUAAUUCAUCCCACUGGCAAUGCGCCCCCCAUUGACACAAGCAAAUGGCCUCUUCUCCUGAAAAAUUAUGACCGGCUCAACGUGCGAACCGGCCACUACACGCCCCUGCCUUUUGGCAGCAGCCCACUCGCUCGGCCGCUUCAGCAGCACCUUAAUUACGGCUCUCUGCUCCUCGACAAGCCAGCCAAUCCUUCCUCUCACGAGGUAGUCGCCUGGUUGAAAAAGAUUUUGCGGGUCGAAAAGACAGGCCAUAGCGGCACCCUCGAUCCAAAGGUUACCGGCUGUCUCCUUGUUUGCAUCAACAGGGCAACUCGUCUUGUCAAGAGCCAGCAGAGCGCCGGUAAGGAGUACGUGGCUGUUGCCCGCUUUCACUCCAAGCCGGAAAGCAAGGCGAAGGUUGCACGGGCCCUAGAGACGCUCACGGGUGCUCUGUUUCAAAGGCCGCCAGUAAUUUCUGCAGUAAAGCGACAGCUUCGCAUCAGGACGAUCUACGAAUCCGAAAUCUUGUCAUAUGAUGAAGACAGGCAUUUAUGUGUCUUCCGUGUCUCCUGUGAAGCUGGCACUUACAUUCGCACGCUGUGUGUGCACCUGGGGUUGCUUCUUGGCACGGGGGCACACAUGCAGGAAUUACGCCGAGUGAGAACUGGGAAUUUAAAAGAAGAUGGGAAUCUUGUUACCCUUCAUGAUGUUCUAGAUGCAAUGUAUGUUUACGACGCAUUCAGAGACGAAACCUAUCUGAGACGGAUCAUCUUUCCAUUGGAAAUGCUGCUCGUUGGCCUCCCGCGCAUUGUGGUCAAGGAUUCAUGCGUCAACGCGAUCUGCUAUGGCGCGAAACUCAUGAUUCCUGGCGUUCUGCGUUUUGAAAAUAAUAUAGAAGUGAACGAAGAGGUCGUCCUUAUGACCACCAAGGGCGAAGCAAUUGCACAUGGUGUUGCCCAGAUGUCCACUUCUGUAAUUGCCAGCGUGGAUCAUGGCGUGGUAGCGGCUGUGAAGCGCGUUCUGAUGGAUCGGGACACGUAUGCAAUGCGUUGGGGUUAUGGCCCUCGUGCGUCCGAGAAGAAGAAAAUGAUACUGGGAGGUCUUUUGGACAAGAAAGGACGGCCGAACGAAAAUACACCAAAGGAAUGGCUGAAAACAGAGGGCUUUCUUCCAAAGCUGACUGGGGAGCCGCAAGCCCCAGUGAUCAAAACGGAACGUGAAGAGGCUGCUGCGGAGGAGGAAGCUGAAUGCGGUGUCACUGAAAAGCCAAAAAAGAAGAGGCGUGUGGAAAGGGAGGGAGAUGUAGAUGAGGAGGAAGUAAAGGAAAAACCCUUAAAGAAACAUAAGAAGAAAAAGCAUCGAGACACAGAAGAGGCCGAUUAA